GAAUAACCUCUCUCAGCACUGGGCUGCUGCUUCUGCUGUGUCUUUGCACACUUGCUGAAGAUGCUUGCUUCCCGGUUACACUAGAGGCACCGUGACUGAAGUCAACUAAGGUUAUUAAAUGCAAGGCAGCUGUUGCCUGGGAAACUGGCAGCCCCCUUUGCAUUGAAGAAAUUGAAGUGUCUCCUCCUAAGGCACACGAAGUUCGGAUGCAGGUAAUAACCACGUGUGUGUGUCCUACUGACAUCAACGCCACCAAUCCUAAGAAGAAAGCUCUCUUCCCAGUAGUCCUUGGCCAUGAGUGUGCAGGAAUUGUAGAAAGCGUUGGGCCAGGAGUGACCAACCUCAAACCAGGUGACAAAGUAAUCCCAUUCUUUGCACCACAGUGCAAAAAGUGCAAGCUCUGUCUGAGUCCUCUCACAAACCUCUGUGGGAAACUCCGAAACUUUAAAUACCCCACUAUUGAUCAAGAGCUCAUGGAAGACAGAACCAGCAGGUUUACCUGCAAAGGAAGAUCAAUUUACCAUUUCAUGGGAGUCAGUUCGUUCUCUCAGUACACUGUGGUUUCAGAAGCCAAUCUUGCCAGAGUCGAUGAUGAGGCAGACUUGGAGAGAGUGUGUCUGAUUGGAUGUGGCUUCUCAUCCGGCUACGGGGCUGCGAUCAACAAUGCCAAGGUCACUCCUGGUUCCACUUGUGCUGUCUUUGGCCUGGGGUGUGUAGGUCUUUCUGCUGUAAUUGGAUGUAAAAUAGCAGGUGCUUCAAGAAUCAUAGCUAUUGACAUCAACAGUGAGAAGUUUCCAAAAGCCAAGGCGCUGGGAGCCACUGACUGCCUUAAUCCUAGAGACCUAGACAAACCUGUCCAAGAUGUCAUCACUGAAAUGACCAAUGGAGGUGUGGAUUUCUCCCUCGACUGUGCAGGAACAGCUGAGACCUUGAAAGCAGCUGUGGACUGCACUGUAAUAGGCUGGGGGUCGUGCACUGUGGUCGCAGCAAAGGUUGAUGACAUGAAUAUACCCACCGUGGACAUUAUAUUGGGCCGUUCUGUGAAUGGAACAUUCUUUGGUGGUUGGAAAAGUGUAGACUCUGUCCCAAACCUGGUUACUGACUACAAGAAUAAGAAAUUCGAUCUGGACUUACUGGUGACCCAUGCCCUACCUUUCGACAAAAUCAAUGACGCAAUUGACCUGAUGAACCAAGGAAAAAGCAUCCGGACAAUCCUGACCUUUUGAAGAUGCCAGGAGCAACUUGGAAUGUUAUCUGAUUGGAUCCGAGCCUGUCUGGAUGACUUAUUACUUCACAUGACGAGCCAAAGAAAGCUAUGAGUUUAAGUGUGGAUUUGCACGUUGUAUCAACACAAAUUAACUAUAAAUUAUAUAUUUCCUCUUUUCGCUUGCUGCUACUUAGGGUUUGGUGGGAUUUUUGUUUUGGGGAAUUUUAUACAUGAGCACUGUACUUACAUGGUUUCUAUCCCACUGUCUCCCUCUCCAGCUCCUCUCACUUCCCUUCCCCUAACUCUCAAAUUCAUGACCUCUCUUCUUCCUCGGUUACAUACAUAUAUGCACACAGAUGUAUAUACAGAUGGAAACUUCUGAGUCCAUCUGGUAUUAUUCAUGUUCUGUAUGACUGACUGCCUAACCAAUUGGGAUUGGAUAACCUAUGGGGUGACUCCUUCCUGGGGAAGACUGGUCUUCCUCUGUUAAUAGCCAUUAAUUGCCUGUAGGUCUUCAUCUAGGGGUGUGCCUUAUGAGAGUUCCCUGUUCACACUGGAAUCUCAAUGGGUGUUGUCACUGUCCAAGUCUUGUAUAAGAGACCAUGUCAUAAAGAUUCCAUGGAUGCAGCUCCCUGUAAUUAAUAUAUAAAAGACAUUGUCUGGAAGCAGAUUUCUUGUUUUGAGUGAAUUUUUUCAAAAGUGUUUUUUUUUAUAUUCAUCUUCUCCCUAAUCAAUACAAUGCUUAACUAAAGAUUGAGAUACUAUUUUUAAAAAUUGCAUAUAAGCAAUGCAGUUUUCAAUAAGUAAAAUACAAGAAUGUCUACAUUCUGACAGCUAGUUCCUUUCCCUACAUGCUCUCAUUCACUGAUGAAUGCUGCUUUUUGAAAGGGUAGAUGCAGCACAAACUGAUUUUCUAGAGUAUCUGACCAUUGUACCAGACUAGAACUUGAUUCCCUCCAAAGGGGAAAACCCAAAACUAUGGUUUGCAGGGCAAUGUACUGUCUGUUGUAGAGAACUGUCCUGAUCUCUAUUUGCUAAUGCUUUAGUCAAAAGAUGAAAAUUUUAAUGCACAUAUACCAUUGACCUUCUUUGGGAUAUUAAAUCUGCUAUCAAAAUAUGUAUUCCCCCACAUAACAAGGCACAGGUUUUAUUUCUAAAGGCUGGUUUUGUGGGUCUAACAUUAGUGACAAUAUGCAUCCAUUCCAGUAGUAGUGGGCCAACACUUAAGUUUAGAAGGCAGUCUAAUCACAGUACUACGACACAUUUGUCUGAAAAGCACAAAGAGUUUUCACGUAGUCACUAUGUGUCUUUGGUACCUUUGGUUUCCAAAUGCUACCAUAGCACCCUCUGCUGUCGCUUUCAAUUUUCCAUUUCCUAGAUGCCAUUUUCACUGAAAGAACUCAGAAAGAAUAGCAAUUUCUAUUGACAUCAAUGCCGUCAUUAUAAAGGGUCCCUUCCUAUGUAUUAUGUAAUGUGAUUCUCAAACACUUUCUGCCCCUGAAGAUAGGGCCGUGUUCCUAACCUGAGCACAUUACAGAGAGCAGGCCCUCCAGCCACUCAACCCCCUGUGAAUUGUACAAGGCAGACUUUACUAAGUGCAUGAGCCUUGUUACAGGGCAUACACACUAUCCUCCCAGCUGCUUUAUGAGGAUGGUGCAUCUACAGGCUAAACAGUUUUUCUUGUUUUUGGUUUUGAUGAUUGAUGUUUGGUUGGAUUUUGAUUUGAUUUGCUUUGCUUUUGUAACUCUGUUUAAAAAUGUAGACCAUGCUGGUCUGGACCUCACAGAGACCCACCAGCCUCUGUCUCCUGAGUGCUACAAUUAAACAUCUGAGUUGCCAACCCCAGCCCAUGUACCUGUAACAGACUCCUAUAAGCAACUGCAAUAAAGACAUUGGUUCACCAAACUGA